AGCAUUUUCCUAUCGCUGGCGAGCCACAGUGAUGAGAUUAGUGAAUAUCGUUAAGAAGAGAUUGUACCGAAAAUUGGCAAACAGACGCUGAAUGCUACGUUUAUCGAAAAACAAAUUUUUCAACAAAGAACUGAUGAAGAACGUUUGACAGCGAGCAGACUGUUAAUUGUUUUUACUUGAUGGACAUAUAAAAUUGUGAUUCCAAAUUAUGAUGGAUAAUUUAUCCAUUUGAAGAUACGAUAAUCAGAGAUCGAGAAUUUUUUGGCGAAACGCAAUGGAGCAGGGGUCUGUUACUAACGAAAACUUGUCUAGAAGAAAGCGGAAAGGCUCUGAUGAAGGGUUUGAAGAACUUAACAGGAAACAUUUGAAGAUGUGCCCUAAUAUAAGAUGUAUAGAAGCAGUCUCUGAAACUAAAACUGAACAUGUUGUCAUACCAAAGGAGAGCAUUGAAGCGAAGCAAUGUAUUCAAAACAGCACUUUAAAGGAUAAAGAUGCUGAGGGAUCUGAACAACAUGAUUCAGUUCACCGAAAAUCGGAGAUGAAAAAUGUCCAGACUGGAAAUUUUUCAGGUGAAACAACAGAAUGUUUAGAAAAAUCUUUACCUGUACAACUCUCAAGUUUCGCAAAAACAGCUACAACAGGUGAUUUGCCUUCUCCAAAGAAGGAUAAUUGUAUUUCAUCCGCACAAAAUACCGAGACAGAAGCUAAUAUAUGUCAGAAUGAGGAUGAACUUUCUAGAGAUACAACGGAAUUAAAAAGAGAUCCCAAAGACGUUAAAGAGAAAAAAGACGAGUACUGGUAUAGGUUACUACGUUUUGAUGAGAAAAUUCGCCGGGGUCUUUACCCAAAAGAUAUCCGCUCAAAUACAAGUCUUAAAGAACACAUUGAGAGGGGAAGCAGGGGCAUAAAAUCACGAUUCAUUUCCUGUUGCAAAACUAUACGCGGGUUGGAGAAAUUGGCAAGUCACACAAAUGAAUUUCAUCGCGUUCGUCUUGUUGUGCGUAUUAACAUAACGCAGCUUAACCCUAGAAACGUCAAUGUAAUAGAUCUGACUGAUGAAAGCGUACGACUGAAAUAUUUCAAAAGUAAUAAAAGGGCCUGGAGACUUGCGAGCAAAUUUGAUGAAGUCAUUCUAGAGCCAAAAAGAUACAUUCCUAGAUACUGUAUUGAAAAAAUAGGAACCGUUAAGGAUCAAAGUUUUACAAAAUACCAAAACAUUAUUCUGUGACUUUUAUUAACGAUUUUAUUUCUUUUCACCAUAAAUGUAAAGCAUAAAAAUAGAAUGUUAGAGUCACCUAAAUUCCUAUUAGACAUGUAUGUGAAGCUUAUUCAUGACUGCUGAAAUUGUGUUGCAAUGUUAACUUUGGUUAUUGGUUUUUUUCCCAUUUCUUCACAUUAAUUUGUACUUAUUACUUAAAUAGGAAAUAAAUAUUCUUUGAAAAAAAAAUUUUAGUUCACGUAAAAUCAUUUACUCCAAUCAGGAAUUUUGUCUCGUGCGAGGGGAUUACUUUUGUUAAUUAGGAAGACGACUCCACACAUAAAACUGUUUUAAUGCAGUAAAGUUGGAACCGGUAGUAUUACUUUGUGGUCAUAUUUCAUGUAAAAAAAUAAAAUGGAGGCUCUGAUCGGAAUGACUGUCAUGUUUCUAGACCUCUAGUACCAUACAUUAAAUAAAAACAUUGAAAUAAUAACAACUUUGCAAAAAUAUAGGUCAGUGAUAUCGAAACAUUUUUUUGAAAAAUAAGAUUUCAAAUAAUGAGUUUUAGCUAUCAUGGAAAGGUCACAUCGACGUAUUUAAGUAUAUGUUUACUUGAAUUGUUACACAGGAUGACACUCUGUGAUUUAGUCAAAUAAAAGCUGAUUGAAAGAUAACUGGAGGCUGACUGAAUAGCAUAGUUUUGCCAUUUAGUAACCUUUCAAGAUCUUUCAGUAAACAUUUAAUUGAAUAAAUGGCAAACAUUUCUCCUUACAUUCAUCAAAUUUGUUGUAUAUUCUUUUUCAAACUCUGCUAAUUAUUGCUGAUAAAUAUAUAUUAAUGAGCGUCAAUAGUAUUUUUAGCAUACACUAAAUGAAGUGACAAAAUAGGAAUGUCUUAGUAGAAAAGACAUUCCUUUGUUGUCAAUUUAAUAGGUGACAAACAUACUAUUGGCAUGUAUGGUAAUUUGAUUUUAAAAGUAUGUUUUCAUACAAAAAG